GGAGCCACCGCCCGCCAUGGUGGUCGUCAAGGAAUAUCGUGUUCUUUUGCCCGUGUCUGUGGAGGAGUACCAAGUGGGGCAGCUGUACUCCGUGGCAGAAGCCAGCAAGAACGAAACUGGCGGUGGCGAAGGGGUGGAAGUCCUGGUGAACGAGCCCUAUGAGCGCGACGGGGAACGCGGGCAGUACACACACAAGAUCUACCACUUGCAGAGCAAAGUCCCUCCCUUUGUGAAGAUGCUGGCCCCAGAGGGAGCCUUGAACAUCCACGAGAAAGCCUGGAAUGCCUACCCUUUCUGCCGGACCGUUAUUACGAAUGAGUACAUGAAAGACGACUUCUUGAUCAAAAUUGAGACCUGGCACAAACCGGACCUUGGCAUGCAGGAGAACGUUCACAAACUGGACCCCAAAGAAUGGAAGAACGUAGAAGCCGUCUACAUCGACAUUGCAGACCGGAGCCAAGUGCUUUCAAGGGAUUACAAGCCAGAAGAAGACCCGGCAAAGUUUAAAUCCACCAAAACAGGGCGUGGCCCUUUGGGGCCCAACUGGAAGAAGGAGCUGGGCACGCAAGCCGACUGUCCACACAUGUGUGCUUACAAGCUAGUGACGGUCAAGUUCAAGUGGUGGGGGCUGCAGAACAAAGUCGAAAACUUUAUACAGAAGCAAGAGAGGCGGCUUUUCACGAAUUUCCACCGGCAGCUGUUCUGCUGGCUUGAUAAAUGGGUUGACCUGACCAUGGAGGACAUUCGCAGGAUGGAGGACGAGACGAAGAGGCAGCUGGAUGAGAUGAGACAGAAGGACCCCUUGAAAGGAACGUCGGCUGCAGAUGACUAGCGUGGAUUCCUCUUUUUGCACGUUUGCAAAACAGCCAGCAGGAAGGCCCAGGAACUCCACCCUCUUGACCAACGGACCAUCUCUGGAUCAAGCCCUCCUAUAUCCAGUCAGCAGGCGACUUGCAACCUCCCCUAGCUAACUCUAGUGGCCCUUACUAUCGUGAGCAAAUAGCGAGUCCUCUGGUCCUGAGCGCUCUGGCCUUGGCACCUGGGCUGGAGGCACUUCCUGGGGGAUGGCUUCACCUGUGACACAGCCGCCUUCCCCAGAAGAGUGUUCAGCCCCAUUCCCAUGUGGCUCUUUGAUUUCCAAGUGACCGUUUUAGCUGAAAUAGUCUUGUGAUGUGGUGAUUUAGAUUUCAUAUGUAUGUAUAUAUCUAUAUUUUUCCUUUGAAACACUGGGAUAAACUGCUGCCUUUGUUUCUUCA